AUGGCUUCUGGCUGUGGGGCCGGGCUUCUGGCCGCGCCUCUCCCUCCGCCCCCGGCGGACCCACCUGGGUGUGUGCAAGCCAGGCGGCGUCGAAACCUUGUUUUUCUGAAAAGCCAAAGUAGAAAUAGACUUACGAUUCCUUUAGAUUCUUUAACAUACGCUCGUAACAUACUGUUCGGGUUGUCCCUUCAACCGGGAGGCCUGUCGGAGGCUGGUUUUGGUACCUUUGGUAUCCCAGGUGAAACAGCAGUUGAGGACAUAAAAGCACAACAUAUUCUUCAGAGGUCCAAAACCAAGCUAUGACUUUCUUCUGAAGUCCCACACAGUAUAUUAAAGAACACAGAAAUAGCUGAGAAUCUUUUCCUUUCUCUUUUUCCCACCACAGAACUUGGCUGGAUCUCAAAAGUGCAUGUGAAUCGACCUGCAGUUGUGAGGCAUGCAGAACGAAUUAAAAAAUGGAAAACUGUGAAAGGUAAUUGGCAAGCUGCUUGGCUGCUGAAAGCUGUCACCUGCAUAGACCUUACCACUCUUUCAGGCGAUGAUACUCCUUCAAAUGUUCACAGACUGUGUUUUAAAGCAAAGCAUCCCAUCAGAGAGGAUCUGCUGAAAGCCAUGGAUAUGCAUGAUAAAGGUAUUACUGUCGGAGCGGUUUGUGUGUAUCCUGCAAGAGUCAUAGAUGCUGUUAAUGCCCUAAAGGCUGCAGGUUGUAACAUACCAGUAGCUUCAGUGGCUGCUGGGUUUCCAUCUGGACAAACUCCUCUGGAAACCAAACUGGCUGAAAUAAAGCUAGCUGUGGAGUAUGGUGCCAGAGAGAUUGACAUUGUCAUUAGCAGGAGUCUGGUGCUGACUGGCCAGUGGGAAGGUCUCUACAAGGAGAUCUGUCAGUGCCGUGAGGCCUGUGGAGAAGCUCAUAUGAAAACAAUCUUGGCAACAGGUGAACUGGGGUCCCUUGCUAAUGUCUACAAAGCCAGUAUGAUAGCUAUGAUGGCAGGUUCUGAUUUUAUAAAGACGUCUACAGGAAAGGAGGUGGAAAACGCGACCUUUCCAGUCGGAGUAGUCAUGAUGCGAGCCAUUAGAGAAUUCUACUGGCAGACUGGGAACAAG